GGCCAGCAUGGCCGGGAGGGGCGGUGGCACCGGCACCUCCCCGCCACCGGGGCAGGGGGGGUGGGCUGAGAGGCGGCGGAGGCAGCAGCUUCAGCCACAGAAUGCGCUGGCCAGCCCCGGCCCCGUGGCUAACCCGUGGCGGUCGCGAAGUGCAGAGCGGCGGCAGCGGGCGGCCUGGAUGGACUCGGCAUCGCGCCGCUGCCCCACUGGGCAGCCCGGCUGCCCGCGGCGGUGGCGCUGGCGGCGGUGGGCGCUGGCGGCCGGACUGCUGGGCGCCGCUGCCGCCGUGUCCCUCUACGUCAGCCUACCGGAGCCGGCGGCGGCGCGGUGGGAUGCUGCGAGCAGGCGAGUGGGCGGCGACGUGAACGUGCUGCUGUGGUGGGAGCCUUUCGGCCGCCCGCGGCGCAUGGCCGACUGCCGCCGCCGCUACAACAUCACAGGUUGCCGCCUUAGUGCCGACCGAAGCCGCUACGACGAGGCUCAGGCUGUGCUCUUCCACCACCGCGACCUGGCGCUGCACGGCAUCGAGGGUCUGCCCCGCGGGCCCCCGCCGCGGCCACCACAGCAGCUCUGGGUGUGGAUGAACUUCGAGUCUCCCUCGCACUCUCCCGGCCUGCGGGGGCUGGCCGGCCUCUUCAACUGGACCAUGACCUACCGGCGGGACUCGGACGUCUUCGUGCCCUACGGGUACCUCUACGCGCUGCCGGCACCCCGGCCCUUCGUCCUGCCGCGCAAGACGCGGCUGGUGGCCUGGGUCAUCAGCAACUGGAACGAAGAGCAUGCUCGGGUGCGCUACUACCGCCAGCUGAAGGAGCACCUCACCAUCGACGUAUACGGGGAGCGGGGGCUGGCGCUGGCCGAGGGCGGCGUGGUGGAGACCGUCUCGGCCUACAAGUUCUACCUGGCCUUCGAGAACUCCCAGCACACGGACUACAUCACUGAGAAACUCUGGAGAAACGCCUUCGCCGCCAGCGCCGUGCCCGUCGUCCUCGGACCUCGCAGGGCCAACUACGAGCGCUUCAUCCCCGCUGAUUCCUUCAUCCACGUCGACGAUUUCCCCAGCCCCCGGCUGCUGGCCACCUACCUGAAAUUCCUCGAUAAAAACAAACCCAACUACAGGAAAUAUUUUGCCUGGAGGAAGAAGUACGAGGUCCACGUCACUUCGUUCUGGGAUGAGCAUUUCUGCAAGGUUUGCGAGUCUGUGAGGACAGCCGGGAAUCAAAUGAAGACUGUACGAAAUCUGGCCAGCUGGUUUGAAAGCUGAUGCUUCCCGAGAGCAAGUCUUGCCUGGCUUAGUCUGUGCGAGCAGUGCAUCAAGGGGUAGGAUAGGAUGAACCUCAACAUAGGUGGAUAGCCGAGUUAGUAUGCAGAAGGCUGUCAUCAAUGAGAGAGAAGUGUAUACAGGUAAACAAGCUGUGAGAAACCUGCACAAAGAAGUUUUUCAUUAAAGCACAGGAAUUAUGAAAGUAUAAAUGAAUGUCAGCCAAACAGUGAAGUUAGAUUAGCAGAAGACAUGCAGGUUUGAAACCUUUAGACUUGUGCACAGCUCAGCGUAAGUAACCAAUGCCAAGAUCCUCAGCCGUACAGCUGAAACCAAUUUUAUCGGCUGUGACAGCUUCCUGGAGCGUGAAACUUUGUUCUGCUUACGAGGGAUAGAUGGCCAGUGCUGGCUUUCUCUCUUCCAAAGACAAAAGUGAAUGCUUUUGACGGUGAUUUUUGUGCGUGUAAGCUGUAUGCAGACAAAUUCUGAGCCACGAGUGUUGAACUUAAGAAUGUAACGAUGCAGUAGCACUUUUUAGCAGUGUUUGAAACUGCAGCAGCCAACUAAUAAUGCUUUGAGCCAAAUAAUAAUUCCAUUUAGGAAAAUAUGUAUAGAGGGGACUGGAUUCGAGUAUUUCUUCUGCUGUAGAGUAUUUCUUCUACUGCCUACCAGAACCAUUGGGAUCUUUAUCCAGUAUGAGAGUGGUGAAGAACUUUUAAGUACAGGAGAAAAAUUUGAGAAGAAUCGUUGGAGUAUUUCCACUCUCCCUUUAUUCAGGAAUUAGGAAAUGUUUACAGAAAUCUGCAUGUUUUUCUCUGCAAAAUUGCUGCCAUAUAGGAAAAAAAAGCAGGGAAAGGCUCAGAACUGCAGGGGUUUUGUUAUUGUGUUGAGUAUGUAUGCAGAAAGGCUUAAGUUAUUCUGCUAGUAUCAUUAGACAGUCGUGUAGUGAUUGAUUUAUAGUAUGCAUUUUUAAACGCUCUGCUGAGUGACAGACUAGUCAGAGUGCCACUUUGCUGUAUGUAAAAUAAUAAUUACCAAAAAAAACCCCAAACCUAAAAAGCCCUAAAUCACUGCCUUGAAAAAGGAAAUUGUGAUAGAGAAUAAGAUCUAGACUGCUGGUAAAAUACAGAUUGUGUGAGGAAAGAAUAUGAGAAGGGAAAUAUUUAUUAUUUUAUUCCUUUGGGUUUGAGUUUGGAUUUUUUUUUU